AUGGACAAACAGGUGCCUCUAUAUCUCGGUGCGUCAAAGGCAGUACUGGACUACGUUAUCUUUUGCCAUCAAGAGGAUAGUCUAUGGCCGCUUGCUGAAGCCACUGUAGUCAAGAAGCGCUUUGAUGAGAUUUUUCAAGUUUCGAAAUAUACAAAGGCUAUAGAGAGUCUCAAGAGUCUGAGAAAAGAAAACAUAUCAGAUAUUAGUCUGGCUCAGAAAGACGUACAAUAUUUGGAGGCAGCCAAGGAAAGAGCAGAAAAGGCUGAGCGAAGAGCGGAUAUGUUAACCAUCCAAAUUGACACAUACAGCACCGAAGCAGAUGCCCUCAAAACCAGAAUGGAGGUUGUGUCUGCUGAAACAAACGAAUUUCUAGAGAGGAAUCAGAAAUUUCAAGAGAAUAUUUAUAAGUUACGUACUGCACGUGAACAACGAGAUCAUACCAACGAAAAUAUCCAGCGUUUGAGUCAAGGUUUAGAGGAGAUGACUGAGGAUGAGGCAGACUUGGAGAAGAUUUUAAACGAUUUUGAGACGAGGGUUAAUGAAAAGAAAAAUGAGAAGGAGACUUUAAGUCAAAAGAUACAUGCAUCUCAGGCAAAGUUGAGUAAUACUCGUCGAAAGUUCAAUGAGAUGAAUCUUAAAGAGGGUCAACUUAGAGCAGAAUUAGAAGCGCAUAAUGUAAGGCUAGCAGAGCGAAAACAGUUUAUUGCUGACAAGAGCAAAGUUCUAAAUCUCAUGGAUAUACAUCGUGAGGCAGUCAAAGACGAAGCGCUCGAUGAUUCACUUGGUGAAGAUAGCUAUAUCGGUAAAUUCGAAAAAAGCCUCGAAAGACAGUUGAACAGAGUGCAGUCUGAGCAGGAGGCCAUGCGUCUCAAGGGAUCAGAAGCAGAAAACGAGAUAUCGAUUAGGAUACAGGAUCUUACCACUCAGAAGCUACGUCUAGAGCAGAAGAAGCUAUCCAAUACUGAAUCAAUUCGAUCAUUUGAAAAGGAAAUUGAAACUCUUCAGACGACUAUCAACAAUAUCAAGAUUGAUGAGGGAACUCUGGAAUUUGAAAAGUCAUCAGUCGAAGGCCUUGUAAAGGGACUUGAGUUGGCUCAGUCGAGGUUCAAUGAACUGGAAGAGAAAGAUGAGCUGUCGAAAAAGAAGGCUGAACUUACAGAAAUAGAGGAAGAGAUUGAGAUUUGUAAUGCUGAUAUUGUUGCAUCUAAUCAAUACGCUGAUGAUCGAGCAAAGUUCAAGUUGUUAAAAGAUGAUCUUGCUAAGAGGAGAGCGGGUCUUACCACGUCAAUGGAAAAACAUAAUACUGAAUUUGAAAGGGUUGUAGGAAGCGCUAUCAAUGCAGAGACCGUUGAAAAUGACUUGAAGAGUGCGAUUAACAGGAUUUCUGCCAAUAUCGAUUCUCAAACGGAGAGCCUUGAAGAGGCUCAAAAAGCGGUUUUGCAAACUCAAGCGUCUAUUGAUCAUGUCACCAAAGAAAUUGCCGACAGGGAAACAGAGGCUAAAGAGCUUAGGGAAGAAGUUCAGGAGAUAUUCAGAAAUCUGGAGUUUGACGAAGAUACAAAUCCAAUCGUCGACUAUGAGGCGAUUAUUUCUGAACUUGACAAGGAUCUUACAGAUGCGAUUCACUCUGUCGAGGGUAGCUCGUUUAUGGCUAGUUAUUUUAAACAGGCCAAACACCAAGCUGAGAGUCAGAAUGUUUGCUUUCUCUGUGAGAGAAGAUUUGAAACUACGCAAGAUCGGAUUCGUUUCAUUGAAAGUGUUGUGGAAAGAGGAGAUAAAAUCCCUGCCCAGGAGACAGAGUUGAAAGAACAGUUUCAAGCGGCACAGGAAAAUCUCGACCGAGCUCAUAAUGCAGGCACAUCAGUCAAACGGGUUAGAUCAAUUGAAUUAUCAGAGAUUCCAAGUAAACGUGAAGAGCUUUCUAAGCUUAGGGAAAAGCUUGACAUUGAGCAAAGCGAGAUGCAGCGUAGAGUUGAACAAACAGAUUUGAUCAAAUCCGAUUUGAAAGAAGUCGAGGGUCUCAGAGCGGUAGCAGGCGAUAUUGCGCGACACUUUGAAGCAAUCAAUACUUUGGAGAGUCAGAUUGAGAGCAUGGAGAGAAGAUUUCCAUCACAGGGAGAGAGAGGCGCUAAGACCAGGGCAGCCAAAGAAAUUCAUGAACUAUUAUCAGAUUUGAAUAACAGAGCAAAGGUAGUGAAAUCUGAUAUCGCACGGUUACAGACAGCACGAGAAACCUCUUUGGCAGAUAUUAACCAGAUGAAGAAUAAUGUUAGCGCCAAACGACUCGAAUUGAGUAAAAUGGAGAGUCAAUUAUCAGAGAAAAUAAAUCAGGAGAAAAGAAUAGUAGAAACCAAGGCCAAAAUUGGUGUAGCACGUGAGGCCAUAAAAGAAGCAAAUGAACAGCUGGAUGAGAUGUUACCUCAAUUACGAGAAAAAGAACAUGAAUUAUCUAAAGCCAAAUUGGAAUCCGCAGCAGCAGAGAAAGAACUGAGCAACAAGUAUAAUUUGGUGUAUCAGAUUAGUAAUGAGCUCGGACGGAUGAGCAAGGCAAUCAUUGAGUACACUGCUAAAGGUGGUCGAGAGAAGUUGGAAGAAUGCCAGGCCAGCGUGAAGCAGUUUAGUGGUGAUGUUGAAACUGUCGAGAAGGAUAUAUCUGAGUUGAAUGGCUUGCUUAAUGAAAAGGAAAGAGAACUUCUAGAUAUGAAAGGAUUCGAGAGAAAGGUCCAGGAUAAUUUGGAAGUUCGUCGACUAAAUCAGAAGUUGCUGGAGUUGGAGGUAUUAAUUACAGAGCUUGAGAGUCAUGAUGCGGAACGAAAUAAAGAAAAAUACGAAAAAGAGAUGACACGGUUGAGAAAUGAAUAUUCACAACUCAACUCCAAGUAUUCUAGUAUAAUUGGUGAGAUCAAGCAGUUGGACGAUCAACUGAAGAUAAUAAACGACGAACUAGCGACUGAAUUCUUAGACGUUAAAGAAAACUAUCGAAAGGCUAUUAUUAAACUAGAAACUAGAAAAGUGGCGAAUGAAGAUCUGGCCAAGUAUAGCAAAGCUAUGGAUAGCGCGAUUAUGCAGUAUCACAGCGAAAAGAUGAAGGAAAUUAAUGCCAUCAUUGAUGAACUGUGGAAAAAGACAUACACCGGUACGGAUGUAGACACAAUCAUGAUAAGAUCGGAUCAUGAAAGUUCAAGAGGCAAUCGAACUUAUAACUAUCGGGUUUCGAUGAUCAAGGAUGACGCAGAGCUGGAUAUGAGGGGUCGAUGUAGUGCGGGCCAAAAGGUGUUGGCGUGUAUUAUAGUACGCUUGGCUUUAGCAGAAUGUUUUGGUAAAAAGUGUGGUAUUAUUACGCUUGACGAGCCUACUACGAAUCUUGAUGAAAGAAAUUGCGAGGCCCUGGCACGGAGUCUCGGACAGAUUAUAGAAUCAAGACGAAACCAGUCCAACUUCCAGCUUAUUGUUAUUACUCAUGACCAGAAUUUUAUUGCUCACAUGAAUGCUUCAGCGUAUGUGGACAAGUAUUUCCAGGUGAGUCGUAAUGCGACCCAGGGUUCUAAAAUUGACUGUCUACCAAUCAGCCAGAUUCUUGUUAGGUAA